AUGCAUCACCACGUCGCGAGUUACGCCGCUUUGGCUGCUUCCCUGGUGAAUCUUGCCCAGGCGGUCGAUGUCACUGUGCCAAUCACCAUUGCCGCCGAAACGAGCUUCCAAGUGACCGCCAAGGACCUCGACAGCAACGACAAGUACCGUGUAUACUUGGCGGCAGCCCUCGGAGGCGAAACUGGACCAACUUGCUGGCUCACCAACUCUACCACACUCUCUACCACCAGCAACUUCACCAUCCCGGCAGAAGUCGGCCCCUCGGCAACCUACUACUCGAUCGGAGUUGGCGAGGUCGACGGCGACGAGGACGACAUAGACUACAGCAACAAGUUCACCUUCACCGGCGGCACUGGCAACUACACCAAGUACGAGACGGACCUCAAGGGGUCUCCCUUCUGGGAUGCAAACAACCUGCCCUGCACCGCAUAUGCGUGCGCCAGGGAGUGCGUCGACGCGAGCUACCCGGACGACCUGACCGAUUCCAAGGCCUAUAAUACCAUGAAGGAAUGCGUCAACAAGUGCCCCGGCGUGACCCAGACGUCGCAGACGGAGCCGGCCGUGACCACCUCUGCUUCCGCCAGCACCGGCACCUCCACUUCCUCGUCUUCUUCUUCUUCCUCCACCGGUGCCUCGGACGAUGGGAGUGAUUCCGAUGACGGCGAUGAGAAUGGAGCGUCUGCUGCAGCUGUGCAGCAGAUCAUGGUUGUGGGCAUGGCCAGUGUUGCCGGGUUCGCUAUCUUGUUCCUGUGA